AUGGCAGUGGUUAUUGAGUCAAUUUAUGAUUUUUAUAAUCAUGUUUUCACAACAUUGCGAGGUUUAAACUUUGUGAGGUGUCGGGAUCCAAGAUCAGAUGAACUGUUUAUAAUAAGAGGCUCCCCUCUUGGUAUUGUCCUAGUUCUAAGUGCUUACUGUGCUUUAUGCAAAUUCGGACCAAUGUUAAUGGCCAAUAAGAAACCGAUUCACUUACAUUACACAAUGAUCAUCUACAAUUUCCUUCAAGUGGGUUUAAAUCUAUAUCUUGGAGUCACUUUAUUUUAUGUGUUAUUCUUGAAGCAUAAAUUUAAUUUUCGAUGUCAAGAAGUGGAUUACAGUUUUUCAGAACGUGGAAUUACCGAAUAUCAAGGGACUUAUGCCUACUUUUUGUUGAAGAUUUUCGACUUUUGUGACACGGUAUUUAUAAUAUUGAAGAAGAAAUCUUCACAACUUUCAUUUCUUCAUUGUUAUCAUCAUUUUGGAAUUUGUUUAGCAUCGUACAUAGCAUCAAAAUGGGUUGCAGGUGGUCCCGGUGCAGUCUUGGCGGUCAUCAACAUAUUUGUACAUGUCAUCAUGUACUUUUAUUAUUUCAUCACAGCAUUCAAGCCUGAAUUAAAAAAAUCAAUUUGGUGGAAAAAAUAUAUAACGCAACUGCAAAUAAUUCAAUUUGCAGUUGUUGCUUCUUAUUUCUUCCAAUUUAAUUUACAAAAAAAUUGCAAUUAUCCUUUUGUCUUAACGUGGGUGAUGUUCAUUCAAAAUUUGUUCAUGUUUAUCCUUUUUAGUGAUUUCUAUCGGAAAACAUACUUAAGGAAGAAAUCACAAUAA